UUGACCCUACGACGACCCUCGAUACUCAAUGAGAUUUUCGUCAUUUGAAGAGUGACGUGCGGUACGCGAAGCUGAAUAAUGGUUUGAUUUGUGACCGACAAAAUGAAUUGGUGUGUGAUAUUUGUGUGUCUGUGCGUUGCAAGUGUACGUGCAUCGGGGAAUUCGUUAAAGGAUCCAUACAUUUGCGGACCACCAACAUGUGCACAUGCUGAGAAAUUUAAAUACUUAACACCAAUUAUAUACAACUAUGAAUACAAAGUUAAUGUGGAGACUUAUUUUGCUGGUUCAAGCAAUAAUCGCUCGGCACUGAAUAUAACGUCUGGUGCUAUAGUUCAAUUCAUUAAGCCCUGUGAAGGACUCCUGCGUUUGAGUGGAGUCACAAUUCUUGAUCAAGAUGAGAAUUAUCCAAUUGAAAGAGCUGAAAAGUUCAAGCAGUCUGUUUCAUCACAUGACCUUAGGUUUUCUUUCCAUGAUGGAAUCAUUUCUGAGAUCUGUCCGGAUGACGCUGAAGAGGAUUGGGUCCUCAACUUCAAAAGAGCAAUUCUAUCUCUUUUUCAGAACAGCAUGAAAAGAUUUGACAUCAACUUUAAAGGAGUUGAACAAGACAUCCAUGGCACAUGCAAUGUGGACUAUGUUGUCCGAGGACAGGAGAACACCAGCCUCAUACUGGUGAAGACACGUGACCUCUCCCAAUGUACAGACAGAUACAAGUACAUGUCAAUAUUACAGACUGUGCGAUAUGAUUUUCAAAGUAAAUUUCAAACUUGGCCAGUUCUAAAAUCCGAAAGCAAAUGUCGUAUAUCCGUGGACCACAACAUUUACAAAUCAGUGAGCUGUCGCGAACGCCACCUCUUCGAGCCUUUCUCGGGAAAGAACUCCGGAGCCAUGACCACGGUCUUACAAGACUUAGUUCUUAAGGAGGAAAUUAAUAAAACGGGCUCAGAAUACAUGUACACUGAAAAUAAAGCCUGGGCUGCUAUUCAGAAACGGUCCAAUAUUCUCCACCACCACUCGCCGUACGGGAGAUCUGACACCGGCGAACUGAAAUCGGCCAGAGACGUGCUAAAACUACUGUGUUUGGUCAAGCCUAGCUCGGACGACGAAGUACGGACAGUCGAUGAGAACAUGGACAGCGGCUCGACCGUGGGGCUGUGGGGCCGCCUCGUGCGCGCCGCGCGGCAGCUGCACCACCCCGCGCUGGCGCAGCUGCUGGCGCGCGCGCCCAGCGCCUGCCCCGCCGCUGCUAAGCACAUUCUCGACGCUCUACCCUACAUAGCGAGCCCUGGGUCGGUGGAGCUGAUAAAGAACUUGAUUGUUAACAACGAGGUCAACAAAGAAACUAGACACGAAUGGCUCAUGUCUAUGGCUAUGAUACCAAGACCUAAACUAGAAAUGUUGAAGAGUAUGUUGGAACUGCUACAGAAACAGAAGAACGACAAGAUUAUAAGUUUCACGGUAUCGUCUAUGGUCCAUUCCUACUGCAAACACAGCGGGAAGUCACUUCGAGAAUGUUGCGAAGACGAAUUCCCUAAACAAAUCUUAUCAGAAUUCCAAGACAUUAUCAAUGAAAGGAUCAGCAAGGGAGUGGUCAAUGCUCCGAGAGAAGAAAGAGACAGUUUAACAAUAGCAAUUAAAGCACUCGGUAAUAUCGGUGGGUUCAAGCAAGAGUUUGCGGACAUUUUGAUGAGUGUUAUAGGAGAUAGCAUGAUUCCUGUUCCUACCCGAUUAGUUACUAUCGACGCUUUCAGACGGACGCCUUGUGCUGAAACAAGAGAAUACUUUUUAGAAACAUAUAGAGAAGACUUAGUUGACGUGGAAAUUCGUAUUGCAUCGUACUUGCAAGUAAUGCGAUGUCCGAACCUCAGUACUAUCAGGAAGAUAUUCCACUCUUUAAGGAACGAACCCGUCAAUCAAGUGGCGACAUUCGUCUGGAGUCAUCUCAAUAACCUCGGACAGUCUUCACUACCAUCUCGAGUAGAAAUCCAAGGUUUGCUGUCGGGUAACACGAUGCCCCAAUUAGAAGAUAAUCCAGACUUCAGGAUGUUCUCAAGAAAUUAUGAACAGAGUGUCUUUUUCGACCAAUAUAAUGCUGGUGGUAACUACGAAGCUAAUGUGAUAUUCUCACCCGACUCAUACAUACCAAGAUCUGUAUCACUGAACUUGACUGUUGAUAUGUUUGGAGAAUCAAUUAAUUUAUUAGAAAUUAAAGCCCGAGGCGAAGGAUUUGAAAGAUAUUUCGAAAAUCUCUUUGGUAACAACGGACCUCUAAGUAAAAGUAAAAUAAACGAAAAAAUAAAUAAACUCCGAUUCUUCCGCUCAACCAACGAAGCUGACGAGGUUCGAGGGAAAAUUGACGAUCUUGGAUACAAGAACAAUGCUCUUAAGCAUCGGUUUCCUAUGGCCGAAAUAGGAUUCAAAGUGUUCGGUAACGAAAUAUCUUUUUGGAGUGCAGAAGGUGAUGAAGAGAUACGAAAAUCUUUAGAACGGUUGGACCCAAAGUUGAGAAUUCUAGAAAUUUUAUCAGGAAAGGAAAUAUCAUACAAUAAGGCGUCAUUAUUCCUCGAUACAACAUUCUCCGUGCCCACUGGUAGUGGACUCCCUCUUAAUAUGAACCUUAUGGGCACAAGUUACGUCGACACAAAAAUGUCCGGUACGGUAGUUGACAAAUACACCCAAUCCGGUAAUUUGGACUUUGAAGGGAAAAUAAGACCCAGUGUUGCGGUAAACAUAGCAGCUACGAUGAGUGUGUCGGCUGGCUCCUUAGCGUCAAGUGGCAUUAGGCUGUCGUCAAGGCUUUACACCGCCACGGCAUUGGAAGCGAAACUAUCGAUACGCGGCCUUGGACUAGUGCGAUUGGACCUGUCCUUACCAAGGGACAAGCAGGAAAUAUUCGCUGCCAAAUCAGAACUGCUCAUACUUCAUGGAGACCAAGAGCUUCAACAGCAAGGCUUGAACAAGAAUAGAAUAGAACAAAGUACUUGCAGUUGGAGUACCUUCGACAAAGCUAUCGGUAUCAAAGUUUGCGCCGCUUACCAGUUCCCUAACAUGACCAAUCUCCGGAAUGCGCCAUAUUUCAUAAUGAGUGGCCCCGCCAAGUACAUUAUAUCUUUAGAAAAAGCCGACCCCUCCGCCAAAACAUACGCCUUCCAAUACAAGUGGGAUAGAAACGAGACUACAGAUGUAUUAGGGUUCUCAUUCGACACUCCAAAUAGUAAGGAGAAACGUAUGUUCAACGCAGCCCUAAGCUUAUCGAACACGUCAAGCACCGCGGCUCUCACUCUUCAAUCUUCAGAGAGCACCAUUAAGGCCAAAGCUCUGUACCGCAACCUACCAUACGACAAAUCCUUAGAAGCUAGCCUGGAUGUAGAUGGAAAGAAACAGUUUGAUACUGUAAUGUCUUUGAAGAGGCAUGAUAUCAAGUACGGAUUUGUUUGGCUGCCUCAUGCAUUUUGGGUUGUUAACGAUGAGAAGAUAGCGGAAUUGUCGGGGAGUCUUAAAGUGAAGUCCAAAGGUGGUGUCACUCAAUGGGAUAUAUCAGCCGAUUUCCAAACAAAACAAUUAGCAAGUCGUUUAAUAGGAUAUUACACUGUAAAUGGACCUACAUACGGUACAAAGUUGCACGUCGAUUAUCAAUUCUAUGGCAACCCUAAACAGACGAUAAAAAUUGAAGGGUUAUACAGCGAAAGGCAAAUGUCGUAUAGACACGAUCUGUAUGGGGAAUUGUCUAUGGAGUUCACAGCGUAUCCUGUCUAUAAUUUCUAUUCGGUUCUACGUAAUGUGAAAACUCAAAACCAUGUUGACAUAGAAUUUAAUGUUAGUGCAUCUAAGGAUCAGAAACUGGACCCUGCGUUCACAUUCGUAUUCAAACGUAUUGAUAGGCUCAAUGGACUUAAAUUGGAUACGCUAGUCGCCCUCAAAAGACCAAAACCAAUGUUAUUGAAAUUACAGUACGAUCAAAUAGGACCUAAAUAUUCAGCUCUUGCCUUAUUCAAUUUCAAUCCGAAAUCUCGCGAGAUCCUCCUCUCAGGAUACUUGUUCGCCCCGCCCGGGACUCAGCUGUAUGCGGAUGCGGAACUAAACGUCACCUUACCGACAUUACAUCCUUGUGAGCUCAAGGCUAAGUUACAUGAAAAAAGACCUAAUGAGUUCCAAGUGAAUGCAAUGGGAGUAUGGUUCACUGGAGUGGACUUCAACAUAGACGCAGUGUACCAAGACCAGUCCAAGACAAACUUAGCUUCUCAUCGGCUCAAGGUUUUAAUCAACAGCAGUCAUUUCAAAGACAUCGCCGUGGAUGCGAGAUUUACACAGGAUAACAGACAAAUAACUUUUAUUGCUGAGGGUCAAUACAAUGAUGACACAUACAAAGCUUUGGUCCGGUACUUAUUGCUCUCUGAGCAAAACUUCACGGCAUAUGGAGAAGUUGAUAUAAGUGGGAAAACUUACAGCCUCAACUUAAACGCCGACCUCAAUAAUGACACCAAUAUCAAUAUGGACAUACACUUUGACCAGCUGCGCGACGUGCACGUGUCGUACGCGCGCGCGGUGGGCGCCGACAGCAAGCGGCUGAGCGCGGCGCUGAACUGGGACGCCAACCGCGACCCGUCGCAGAAGCUGAGCGUGGACGCGCAGCUGCGGCGCCGCGGCGACUGGCACCACUCGGGCCACGCCACGCUGCACUACCCCGGCCGCGUCGUCAACGGGGAGUUCGAGUUCCUGCUCAGAGAUUGGUUCUGUGAGUGGAUGAUACGUAUGGGGUGGGCAAGUCCGACUGCUAUAGUUUGGCGUGUUAAAGCCUUUUCAGAAGCGCAUGAACAGACUGUAUAUGCGCUUCUGUCGAGCCUCAAUACCCCCUUCCCCGGCUGGGAAGAUACGAGCUUCAACCUGAUGUGGCGUUACAAAGACAACCUCCAGGCUCUAAAUGGAAGCAUGAACUGGCAGAAAGACUAUCUAGCAUUUAGCUUAUUGGCCGAUUAUCUAUUCACGACCACAAAAUUCUAUGGAGAAAUCAAUGCAUCAGUCAAUUCCACGAUACCGACUUUGCCUAAAGCAGCUGCGAUCGCUAAACAUACCGUCGUGUGGAAGAAAUCUGCAGACACGUUGCUGAGUUUUCAGUAUAACGAAGAUGGCUUGCUAAUGAUCAACUCAUCUUGGGACAUAACUAAAGGACUAAAGGAGAACAACGUCACAGGGCGAGUUACACUUCUCACGCCAUUCCAAGGCUACACCAAAGGUUUCCUGAGAACCGAGUUCGUAUUAGGUCACAAGAGGGAUAUCAAAGGCGUGACAUAUCUGGAUUUAGAAGAGAAAGUCGUCAAAAUAUACGUAAACGGCCACAUGCGUCGUAUCACCAACUGCAUGCUGGUUGUGAACGUGACGUCACCGCUGCCGCAGUUCUCUCAGAGCUCGGCUCGCUUCGGCUUCGUGGAGACCGACCGACAUCUCGUGGCCAUGAUCAUUACACCCAACAGCACUACCGGAAUCGAGGUUCUUCUGAAACUGAUAUCGAUGCAAGACUUCCAGAUAUUUGGUCACGUCGCUCUGCCAAUACAGUAUUUGAACAGAGCUAUGAUCACAGCCAAGAGAGCUACAGAAGAGAUUGACUUUAGAGUGGGAUGGGGUUCAAUGGACUUCGGUUGCACAGGAAUAUGGCAAUGGAAAUCAAUUCUAGAUUUCGUUUACGUCUACAAAUUGUACACGCCAUUGGAUGGUUUUGAAGAAAACGGUCUUGUUUUGAAAAAUAUAUACGGGAAAGGCCUCGAUACUGAACUUUCUGUACGACUAUCUAAACAUAAGUUCGGCAUAGCGGUUCUCCUGGUCGACAACGACAAAGGUCUCCUGGACGUUUUAAAGGACCGCUUCCAGCACAAGCCUGGCAACCCGGACAUGUUCGUGGAGAACUUCGACACGGAAGCCAGUGUCACACUGGACACGCUCUACUAUCCAACUAUCACCUUCCACGCUCAUAUGAUGAAGUUCGUUGGUCCGGAUGAAGAAGAUAUUCUAGAAGCAAAUGCCACUUUACACCUUCCCGAUAAACCUCCUAUUGUUUUGACAGAUGUUUUUAUUCUUGAGCAAUACACAGUAAUGCAGAACACACUUAAUCUGGUGACACCGUUCCCAGCCGUCAGGCAGCUCAAGUCGGUGUACACCGUGGACAUUUCUAUCGGAGAGAAGUUCAACGUCACGUGCGUCGCGUUACUGUACAAUGGCACUUAUUGGCACGAGAUAUCAUACAAAAUAUACUACGAAACUGAAUUGGGUGAAGACGACGCCUAUCAAUCAUAUUUAGCGUCAGUCGGCAUCGCAACCCCGUUAGCUGUGCUACCGGCUCUAGAAGCGCGAGUGUCGGCUAGACUGGAAGACGCUCUAUGGAAACUAUCGGCAGAUAUGGCAAUGCCCUCAUUUACAGUUACUGCUCUAGCACGACUCGAGCUGGACGACCCAUUCGUCGAAACAUCGGGCAGCUUGAACCUAACGUCGAUAUACUUAGAGGACUAUUUCAUCAAGAUGGAAUUUAAGAAAGAUUUCUCCGACGUGGAAAAUAUCGUGGGUGGAGGAAUUCAUAUACAACAGGGAGAUCAAAAUAAUUAUCUGUUCGCGGAGACGGCGUGGGGCGCGAGCGCGGCGCAGCGGCUGCGCGUGACGGCGCGCGGCGCGCUGUCGCCCGUGCUGGCGCCGUCCACGCUGGCGCUGCAGUACGCCGAGCUGCGGCGCCAGCGCACGCUGUCGCUGGACCUGGCGACCGGCGACGCCGCCUACUCGCUGCAGGCCGACCAGUGGCCCACCUCGCUCAGCGUGGCGCUCAGCAGUCCGCACGACGGCUUCAGGGCGAUGAAAAUCAUAGGAGAGUUCGAUGAGGAUGAUAUCCGAGGCUCGUUCGUGACGGAUACGACUGAAUACAGCAUAUCCGGAAAAGUGCUCAAACGAGAACCACUUGAGCUGUCUCUAACGUUAGUACCAAAAGGCCAAGGUCAGCAGAUAACAGUUAGAGUGAAGUGCGAGAACUCCCCGACAUUAUACGGUAUAACAGCACACAUCGUAGGGCCGAUGGAGGCGACCGUCCGCGCCAGGGCAGAAAUGGAACAAAAUUUCACUGAUAUAUAUCUUAAGGUGGAUAUACCCCAAGUGAAGGGUAAGGAGAUUUACUUCAAGUCCCGGGUGGACGUGUACCCGGAGCUGCGACGGGUGGUGACGGUGCAGGCCGCGACGCCGCUACAGAAGCUGAAGUUUGUCAAGGGUGAUACAGAUUUCGUAUUUGCACCAAAAACUGGUUACCUGCUGUGUAACUACGAAUUGCCAGAUAUGAAAGGUGAAGGUGACCUCAAGUGGAGUUUCUUGCUCGGAGAUCUCUUUAUACGCGCAAUAGGUCAGCAGCUGGUAAAGCAAAUUCAGCGCAGCGUCGACUUAGACAUCUACUUCGGUAACAACACAGCUGACGGUCUCACUAAAACCAAUGCUGGAUUCAGAAUGGACUUGGAUCGCAUAUGGCAAAUCGGAGGAAAUGCAUCAUUUGGCUUUAUAAUGGACAAACGCCUCAAUCUCAUCAUCAACGCCAUCCUCCCGAAGCCGAACGUAGACGUGCACACCCUGUACAUGGACGGAUCGAUGGGUGACGCCAUGAAUCCUGCUCAGACUAUCGAAGCGAUGUAUCGUACUGACGUUACCAAAAUACUUGUUGGACUUAAAGGAAAGAUGCUGACUCUAGCUGAAAGUUUCGACGCGAACUCGACAAUAACUUGGACAUCGAACUCCGUCAUCCAAAAUGUUGACAACAUAAUAUCUUACGACUGGGACGUGAAUGGUUCAAGAUACAUCGACUACGCUUUGAAUACCCCAAUAUAUGAGGGCGAACCGACUUUCACUCUCAAGGGCUCAUAUCAGAAAGAUAUGGUCCAUGGAUACCACGUUGUAAAGGGCCACAUGCACCGGCCCGGCAGCUGCCAAAUAGGCGAGAUCGACGCGCGCUACGGCGGGUUCCGCCACACCGACGGACACUUCAACAUGUCCACGCCCUUCCACACCCUGCCCUGGCUCAAGUCUAUAUUCGAAAUAAAUAAUAUAGAAGAAUUAUCAGACAACAAAGUGGAUCUGUUCUGGCCUAACAAGUCAGCUUCACUCAACACAACACACAAGUACAUAAAACAAGAUAAUGGUUUCACACAACUCGGAACUAUAUCGAUAUCCGUUCCAUUGAACACCCAACAUUUAGUUAACACUGAGUACUUUUAUGUAGAAGAAGAAAAAUCAAGCAAUGGAAACGCAACAAUCGAUUUUGACCGCGAAAGAUUUAUUGAAUUCUUCUUUGAUAAAGUAUUGACUAAGAGUGAUAGGAAUCUGGAUCUUGCGACUAUGAAUCUAAAAGUGGAGAACGCACACACACCAUUCGGUGUUAAAUACGUUCAUGAAUACGAUAACACUGGCAAUAUAGACGCAAAGCAAGCAACAAUAUUCCACCUACAUAACGCAACGAUGGCUAACAUAACCGGCAGGCUCGAUAUGUAUACUUACGACAUCGGCAAGCAGCUGAAACUGACCGCCAUACACAGAAACCGAACCUGGUCCUUCGAGAACAAGUACGAAGCAGUAGACAAAGAACUAAAGCAAGGAAGCAAAGUGACUUGGGCUGACGACGUUUGGAUCAACUAUGAUAUUCAUGUUACUAAUUUGACCAUGGCCGAUACAGAAUCUCAACAAAUUAUAAUGGACGUUCGCUACCCGCUGCGCACGUUCCGCGUGACGGCGCUGUACCGUCUGCAGGACACGUUGCUGGACGGCACCGCACACAUGUUGUGGAACGUUCGCGCCGAGAACAAGAGCGCGGAACUGAAAGGCAGAUGGGAAAACCCCCCCACCAAGGAAGGCAACCUGCACGAUGUUUAUCUGGCGCUUUCUCAUCCAUCCUUUAGAAAGGAUGUAACACUAAAGGGGCAGUAUCUAACCACUCCCGCGGUUAUGUCCAACAUCUCCAUAGAGUUACAAUACUCGGAUUACGAAAACGAAUACCUAAAACUUAGGUCCAUACUAACUGAUAACUCCAAUGGGCCAAUAAGAGAUUAUAAAUUUGCCCUCAAGUGUACUCAUCCUUCAACGAACUUGGACUUAGAUAUGAAAUCAGAUAUAAAUAUAUACAGUCGCUGGUAUUACUUGACCAACUAUUAUAGAUUCCAAAAGAAUCUUUUCUAUGAAAAGUUAAGGAGUAAUAAGCUUUUGAUCGAUUUAAAUAGAAGUGAAGUUAAUUGGGAGCGCGCUAAUGAAACCUAUUUCUAUAAAGUCAACGGUACCUGGUCUCUUGUUUACCCGAGAUAUCAAGCCAGAGGCUGCGUGUUACGACCUAACGCAAACGAUACUGUUUUUGCUGAACUGUCAAUGUUUGAUAAAGCUUUGGUCGCCCAUUAUAAUAGUACAGAUGAUAUCUCAUACCACAUGAUUGGAAGAAUCGUAGACACGAGAUCUGCCAAACUAAAUGCAUGGCGUAACUACGAUGACGUCACUACCGUAGAUGUAGCUUCCUAUAUUCGUUUGAAUCACUCUCGACUUCUCACGAGCGCUGUAGUAUGGCGACCGGAAAUAUUCGGCGAAAUUAAAUCACAGGCGCUCUUUACAUUGAAACUUUUGUACAGCCAAAUCAAUGAAACUCUAGUCAUCGUCAAAGAAGCUCCGAUGGAAGCUCAUCUCGCUUUACGGAACAUUUGGAGCGAUGCGAAACCGAGAGUCAGAGAUUUCUUGGAUGAUCUAAACGACUUACACGUCAUUAAGGAUGAUUUAGACGAUUUCGAACGGUUCUUGAACGAAUCUUACGACCUUAAUGAUUUCUAUGUAAAGGAUAUAGUCGAGUUCACUUACUACGUAUUAGAUGAAAUGGCAAUCAGAAAUCAUUUGGAGAGUCUUCCGGGUUUCGUUAAUGAUAUGUGGGGAAUGAUGGGUAACACUAGCUCGUCGAUCAAGGAGAGUCUCACAUAUGUAGUGGACUCCAUAAAAAUGGCCUACUCGAACUUCUUGGACUCCAUGAACAAGUUCCUCGAAGCGGAUUUGAUGGAAUUAGUAUCUGAGAAAUUGGAAACAAUGAUAUUGCAAUAUGACAAUUUCGUAAGAGAUUUACAUAUGAAGUUUUUGGACUACUGGGAGGAGACUUGGGUGAAUGCGACCACGAGACUCGGUAAAUAUUGGCACGAUUUGCUGAAAUCUAUUGAGCCUUUGUUCUUCAAAAUGUUACAUUACACGGAAGCGUUUGUUGUAACGAUAUGGAGGGGUAUUAUGGAUUUCUUCCACGAACGAACUCACGAACUGACGGAUACGCCAUAUUUCAAUUACGUAUCGACAUUUGGUCAUGAAAUGGAUCGCAUUUACAAAGAUUUAGUAAACAAUGACAUUAUAACGAAUAUCAAAAAGUACACGAGAAAGCUUUGGAACGUAAUAUGGGGUAAAAUAGAGAAGUACAUCCCCUUCACGGACGAGUUCAAACAGUUGUUCAACGAAUUCAAGAACGCAUGGGAGAACUUCUUGAAGACACCGCAAGUCGUUUACGUUAGAGAAAAGUAUCAAGAGGCAUACGUGCGCCUGAAGUGGUGGUACGACUACUUCUUGAUUGGCGAGGCGCUGGACAAGGUGUGGGAGAUACUUUACGCCAAAGUCACGAGCAUGGCCAAAACUGCGUUGCAGUAUGAAGAACUACACCGGAAUCCGAAAACUAACUUCAUAUUCGACCCACACAAAGGAGAAAUACUAUUGGAACAAAAGUUACCAAUGUCCUGGCACGCUUUCAACCGGACACCGGACUUCAGCGAGAUCUCCGAGUACAGGACUGUUAGGGACUUCAUGGACGAAUGGUUGACCAGCAACAGAAGCAUCUGGGCCUAUUAUUACGAUCUACGACCUUACAUGGACUUUAACAAUGUAAUGCCACCAUUUGCAGGGUUGGCAAUGAUGACUGGCCAGGGCACUCUGGUUACUUUUGAUAAACAAGUGUUCACAAUAUCUGAACCGGGAACAUUCCUACUGACUAAAGACUACAGACAGAACAACUUCACCAUACUCAUGGAGAGUAACGCCGAGGGAAGAUAUGAUUUAGUUAUCCUAACGAAACGGAAUCUCAUAUUUAUCGACUUGUACAAAGAGCAAGUUUCAUUAGAUCGAAUAACACCACUUAAUCUACCAGCUGUUGUGGAUGACCUGGUGGUAGACAGACAAACCGACACACUAUCUGUCGAAGGACAGAUCGGCAUGGAUAUAGAAUGCAACCUUCUUUUCCGUACUUGUAAACUGGAGGUUGCAGGUUGGUACUACGCCAGCCUCGGUGGUCUCCUCGGCACAUACAACAAUGAGCAAUACGACGAGCUCCAGUUGCCCAACAAUUCCAUCGAGACGAACAUCGAGCACCUCGCCCACGCGUGGGCGGUGGAGAACGCGACAACACACACCCCUCCGCAGAGAUAUAACAACACGGCCUGUGACAAGUUCUUCAGAAAUAAAGUAUCUCCAUUACAUCCCUGUUUCUCAUUGAUCGACGCGGUGCCGUUCUACGAGCAGUGCGUGGGCGGCGCGGAGGCGUGCGCGCUGGCGGCCGCCUACCGCGAGCUGUGCGCGCAGCAGCACGUGCCCACGCACGUGCCCGACCACUGCGUGCAAUGUAUCACACCUGACGGAGAUGUCGUGGAAGAAGGUUCAUUCCUACAGUUGCAGAACGUCCCUAACUCGAUGGAUGUGGUAUUCGUCAUCGAAGCUCAAUAUUGUAACAAGAAUAUUCGAAAAGCGAAAAACAUCGACAUGUUCGUCGAGACUUUGGACAGCAAGUUCCAAGGGAACGGAUUUUCUGAUAACAGGUACGCGGUGGUGGCGUACGGCGGCGCGGGCGUGUUCCGGCGGCCGCGCGCGCUGUACGUGCAGGGCGCGCUCUUCACCAGCGCCGUGGACGUGCCGCGGCACUUCGAGGCCUUCCAGAUCGACAAGAACUCGCUGGUGCGCAGCAACACGACGGUGAGCGGCGACGCGCUGUCGGCGCUGCGCUUCGUGACGUCACUGCCGCUGCGCGCCGGCCUGCCGCGCGCCGUGCUGCUGCUGCCCUGCACGCGCUGCGACGACUCCACCAGCUCGUUUGACUAUUCUACUAUUUACCACAACUUGAUGGAGAACUCCAUAACCCUGCAUGUCCUGAUGGACGACGACUUCUCGCUCUCGAAGAAAAGAGCCGCCAAGUAUCUCUUUGGUGUGGACAGCAUGUUGGCGUAUACCAAUAAAGAUUACGAAAGACUCGUCGGUGACCCCGGACUCCGGAAGCAAGUGAGACUGCCAAAGGAUAAACUUGGACUAUGCACUUCUCUCGCAUUGGAAACUAACGGUACCAUCUGGGCAGGCUCGAAGUUGUCGGGCGAGCGCGGCGCGGCGCGGCGCUUCGCGACGGUGGCGGGCGGCCGCGCCGCGCACGCCGCGCCGCCCUGCGCCGCGCCGCGCUGCGAGUGUCGCGCCGCCGCGCUGCACUGCCGCCCCUGCGCCGCCCGCGACCCCCUGGAAUUGUCAUUCUGGAACUCUGAUGACAUCGACGAAUUGAUCGAUAUGGCGAUGGACCCACCCACGCUGCCGUCUUUUAGAUGAUAAAAAUUAGUGUGUAUUAGUGAAAUGAAAAAACAAAAUUAUAAUAACUCUAAUCUACGACAGAUUAUUUUUGUAAAUUAUUAAUUAUUCGAUUGAAUAUGUUUUUCUUAGCUAGUAAUUAUGUUAAUAAUUAAAAUGGAUAAUUAAUAAAAUACACGAUACUUAA